CAGGAGGGUGCACUUUUACUAGGCGACAAGUGUCCCCAGCAACCAGUGUCUCCUGUACCAGCAGAAGCUCGGGAACUCUCACCCCCUUGCCUGCCUCUGCCGCGUCUUUGCCCACUGAUCAGCCAUGAGAAGGCAGCUCCGGUCCAGAAGGGCUCCGGCCUCUCCUUACGGUUAUCGCUACAGACUUGACGAUCAGGAUGAAGUAAACCAGAACUACUUGGCAGAUGAAGAGGAAGAAGCGGAAGAAGAGGCUCGGGUGAUGGUGGUACCCGAUUUGGAGGAGGAGGAGGAGGAAGAAGGACAGGAGGAGGAAGAGGAGGAGAUAGAAGAGGAAAAGGAGGAGGAAGAGGGUCAGGGUCCGCCAACAGGCAAUGCCUGGUGGCAGAAAUUGCAGACCGUAAGCGAAUACCUGUGGGAUCCGGAGAAAAGGAUGUCUCUGGCCCGAACAGGUCAGAGUUGGAGCCUGAUCUUAGUCAUUUACUUCUUCUUCUAUGCCUCCCUGGCUGCUGUGAUUACCCUCUGCAUGUACACGCUAUUUCUGACCAUCAGUCCUUACAUGCCGACCUUCACCGAGAGGGUGAAGCCUCCUGGAGUGAUGAUCAGACCCUUCGCCCAUAGCCUUAACUUCAACUUCAACGUUUCCGAACCUGACACCUGGCAGCAUUAUGUCAUUAGCCUAAAUGGCUUUCUCCAGGGUUACAAUGACAGUCUUCAAGAGGAAAUGAAUGUGGAUUGUCCCCCGGGGCAGUACUUCAUCCAAGAUGGCGACGAGGAUGAAGACAAGAAGGCCUGCCAGUUUAAGCGCUCCUUCCUGAAGAACUGCUCAGGCUUGGAGGACCCUACUUUUGGCUACUCUACUGGACAGCCCUGCAUCCUUCUAAAGAUGAACCGGAUUGUAGGCUUCCGUCCUGAACUUGGAGAUCCUGUGAAGGUUUCCUGCAAAGUUCAGAGAGGUGAUGAAAAUGACAUCCGAUCCAUCAAUUACUACCCAGAGUCGGCUUCUUUUGACCUUCGCUACUACCCUUACUACGGCAAACUGACUCACGUUAACUACACCUCCCCACUGGUGGCCAUGCACUUUACAGACGUGGUGAAGAACCAGGCGGUGCCCGUGCAGUGCCAACUGAAGGGCAAGGGCAUCAUAAAUGAUGUCAUCAAUGAUCGUUUUGUGGGGAGGGUAAUCUUUACUCUGAACAUAGAAACCUAAGAACUUCAGGGGCCACUUCCGCUAGUUCUGUUUCUGUUCUAUUUCAUGGACCCCUGGUAGUUCCUGAAUUCUUUUUCUUCAAUCAGGACACAGCCAGACGGACACUUAAGACAGCAUAUGAUUUUUCCUUGCCUUUGACAUAUGUGUAAAAUGACAUUGUGGCAUUGAUUUUUUAAAGGUAGUCUCUCCUGAUGACAAAUAGAUUCUAUUAAUGUCCUCCCCUCGCCCCCACUUAAACGAAAACCGUUCUUGCUGCUACAAGCCUCUCACCGUAGUGUAAACAUAGUGUCUGAUAAAAUUCACAAGGGCCAUGAAGGAGACUUUCUAUGAUGGUUUGAAA